UAAAAUAAAAGAUGAAUUGGCAUUAAGAGUAAAGUAAAACCCAAAGACACGAUGAACUAACUCAACUCAACAAGACGACGACUACCAGUGGUGAGCAAAGUUGUAGCAACACAAUCAAACAUGAGAAAGCGAGAUUUAGCUAUUCUCAUGCUCUCCGCUUUUGCUAUAUUCUUCUCUCUCCAUCAUGAAGGUGAUUUUUCGUUUAAAGAGGCGUGGUAUCAUUUAUCUGAUGAAUAUCCAGUCAAGUACGAAGCUGAGCGUCUUCCUCCGCCCAUUGUUUCUGAUCUUAACGGUGACGGAAAAUACGAGGUCCUCGUCGCCACUCACGAUGCCAAAAUUCAGGUAUUAGAGCCUCAUUCUAGACGUGUGGACCAAGGAUUUAGUGAAGCUCGCGUUCUUGCUGAAAUUUCCUUGUUGCCAGACAAGAUUCGUGUUGCAUCAGGAAGACGUGCUGUAGCCAUGGCUGCAGGAGUUGUUGAUCGCAUCUAUAAGCAUGGACAAGUGCAGAAGCAGGUCCUUGUUGUCGUAACGUCUGGUUGGUCUGUUAUGUGUUUUGAUCACAACCUCAAAAAACUAUGGGAGAAGAAUCUUCAGGAGGAUUUCCCUCAUCAUGUUCACCACAGGGAGAUAGCUAUCUCUAUAAGCAAUUAUACCAUCAAACACGGAGAUUCAGGCUUGGUUAUUGUAGGUGGCAGGAUGGAAAUACAGAGUCAUAUGCAAAUGGAUCCUUUUGAAGAUAUUAACAUGGCAGUAGAUAGUGAGCAGCAUAGAAGAAGUGCAAACGAAAAGGAGGUCUUUGAGAACUCUACCGUGGAUUUGCGCCAUUUUGCAUUUUUUGCUUUUGGUGGUCGAUCAGGGAAACUUCAUUGGACGAGAAAAAAUGAGGAUAUUGAAGCACUAUCAUCAGACGCGUCUCAGUUGAUUCCACAGCAUAAUUACAAGCUUGAUGUUCAUGCUUUAAACAGUCGACGUCCUGGAGAGUUUGAGUGUAGGGAAUUUAGAGAAUCCAUCCUUGGAGUAAUGCCGCAUCAGUGGGAUAGGCGGGAGGACACGCUGUUAAAGUUGGCACAUUUCAGACGUCACAAGAGAAAAGCACUGAAGAAAACAGACGGAAAAAGCACGACUUACCCUUACCACAAGCCUGAGGAAAACCAUCCUCCAGGCAAGGACUCGACCCAGAAAAUUUCAAACUUGAUUGGAAAAACAGCAAAAUAUGCUGGAUCAGCAAAACCAAAGAAGCCAUCAAAUUACAUUCCUACAAUCACAAACCACACCCAGCUUUGGUGGGUUCCGAAUGUUGUUGUGGCUCAUCAGAAGGAAGGGAUCGAGGCAGUCCAUUUGGCAUCUGGUCGCACUUUAUGCAAGCUUCAUCUUCAAGAAGGUGGACUCCAUGCUGAUAUUAAUGGGGAUGGGGUUCUUGAUCAUGUACAGGCUGUAGGGAGAAAUGGUGCUGAGCGGACUGUUGUAAGUGGAUCAAUGGAUGUACUGCGACCUUGUUGGGCUGUUGCUACUUCUGGUGUGCCUGUUCGGGAACAACUGUUCAAUGUUUCUAUAUGUCAUCAUACACCAUUUAACUUAUUUCAACACGGAGAAUAUUCUAGAAGUUUUGGGCGGACUGCAGAUACAGGUUCUUUGGAGGUAGCAACUCCAAUUCUUAUCCCACGAGAUGAUGGGUACCGUCAUAGAAAGGGAAGCCAUGGAGAUGUUGUUUUUCUAACUAAUCGUGGUGAGGUAACUUCUUACUCUCCCAGUACUCAUGGCCAUGAAGCUAUUUGGCAAUGGCAGAUUUUGACAGGUGCAACAUGGUCAAACCUACCAUCUCCAUCAGGCAUGAUGGAAUCUGGCAAGGUGGUGCCCACUCUUAAGGCAUUUACCUUACGUAAGCAUGAUAAUCAAGAACUGAUCCUUGCCGCGGGAGAUCAGGAAGCUUUGGUGAUAUCCUCCGGAGGAAGUAUACUAGCAUCCAUUGACCUUCCGGCUCCCCCAACACAUGCCUUGGUGAACGAGGAUUUCUCAAAUGAUGGACUUACUGACCUUAUUCUUGUAACUUCUAGUGGAGUCUAUGGCUUUGUUCAGACAAGGCAACCUGGUGCCCUCUUCUUUAGCACUCUGGUUGGCUGCCUUAUCGUUGUGAUGGGAGUAAUAUUUGUCUCACAACACUUGAAUUCCAUGAAAGGGAAGCCUCGAGUAUCUUCUGGGCACCUCUAAAAAGACUGAGAUAUAAAGAGGUCCUUUACAUGGAACAACUUGACAGAGAGAACCUUUAGUAGUUGAUGGCAAGUGAGUGCAAUAGACAGACGAGCUUUCGGAUAAAGAUUAUGUCUCGAUGCUCUCGACCUCUUGUAUUUAAAAUUUUAUGUAUAAAAUGACUUGAGGUUUAAUGUAAUGUACAUGAGAUUCCUACAAAAUUUUGAUAAUAACUUCUCAGAAGUUUUAGUUAUUUAA